AUGAGAAAGAAAGUUACAGAGGCUGAAGGCUUAGAACUACAGGUUAUGGAAAUUAGUGAGACGGCAUCAGAAGACGACAAUCCUCAGAUACUGGCAAUCAUGGCAAACCUAGCCUCGGGAGAGAGAGGCGAGGCUAAUGGGCGUUCGGGCUAUAGAGAAGGGCAAGAUAGUGCUUGGUCUAAAGGUGGAUGA